AUGAAGAAUAAGUAUGUUUCGUGGAACAGUAAUAAAGUCAUAAAGCUUAACCCUUGUGAAACUAGUAGGAAUGAUAUAUGUAGUAAGAGUUCUAUGAGCAUUCAAUUAGAACAGGCAAAUCACAAUGAACAAAUGAAGGUGGAGGAAAAUGGAAAGUCGCUCAAUUCUCAAGCAGUGAAGUCUAAUAUCUUGGAUACAAGUGGAGAUUGUUCUCCAAUAAAGCAGAUUGCAUGGAUUGUAUCCACAGCUUCCGACGUUAUCUCAGAAAAUGAGAAGGAAGGUGUAGACAUUGAUGGCCCCUCGUUCUUAUAUCUUGUACCAUCUCAAGAAAGAGCGGCUCAGAUCCAUAGUUUAAAAGCUUCUGAGCCAGAGUUUGUCAUUUCCACCCCUGAGAGAUUUUUGGAGCUUGUCUCAUUAGAGGCCAUUGAUAUGUCUGGACUAUCCUUACUGGUUAUUGAUAGACUGGAAUGUUGUAUUAGAGAUGGAUUUUUAAAUGAUAUAAAAGGUAAAAAACAAUAUAUUCCUGACGAGUCUCAGGCAGUGAUUUUCAAUGGUAGCUUGGGAUCCUUUUCCUCUUCGGCACUGCAAAAUCUGUUGGGUGAUCAUAAAGCCAUUUGUAGGUUGUCUGCAAAUGUUUCUAUAGCUAGUCAAAGUGUUGGCAUCUCUCAGAGUGUAGACACAUGUACAUCGGAAGAAAAAUUAUUAAAGGGUAUACAAAUUUUGAAUAAAGAAUACGAUAUGUGUUCACAGUCCAGGUCUCUCAAGGAAAUUGUGUGUGUGGACAACUUAGAUGAAGUUGGGAGAAUGACAAACAUGGAUGAGUUUGAAGUUGUUAUAAUGAUAAGUUUGCCUCCAUAUAUCGGCAACUAUGUCAGUAUCCUCACAUGA